GCGGAUGGGCACACUGACAGGGCCAGGCUACUUGUGGGCUCUACUGUCCGUCGCCGCCGCCGUCCUCUGCUGUUCGGGCUUCUAUCUUCCCUUCUGGGUACAGGGAAGGAUACUGGGGAGGGUGGAUGCAUACUUUAACAGCUUCCGCCGCUGCAACUACCCCAAGCUCGGCCCGCAGGGAGUCGUGGAAAUCGUGAUGCAGUGUGCCCGAUACUCCAGGUGGAGAGAUAUCCCGAGUGGCUGGUGGCAGAUCAGUACAGUCCUGCUGUCUCUAGCCUGUGUACUCACUAUCAUAGUGGCAGUGAUGGCAAUGUCUGCCUGCUGUAUAGACUACGUCAUUCACACAGCCACAGCGAGGACGGCGGGCAGUCUACAACUGCUAGCGGGCGUACUUGUAUGUAGUGGUCUAAUGAUCUACCCUCUCGGCUGGGACAACAGAGAGGUUAGAGACUGUUGUGGCAGCACCGCCCAUGUCUAUACCCUUGGCAACUGCAGACUGUCGUGGUCGCUGUAUCUGUUGGCUGCUGCAGUGGCUGUGCUGCUCACCUGCUUCGUCCUUAGUCCUUCUAUCUCCAGGGUCAACUACUGCUGUUAUCGCUCAUGACACUGACUCCUGGUGGACUCUCCCUCCAGGCGCUUCUUGGAGACCUCCACCCAGCUGUAGCGGAGCGCCGCUCUUCUUGCUCAACGCCAGAGACUGUCUGUUAGCAUGUUAAUACUGUGGAGCUAUGUUUGCUAAAAUGUAUCUCGAUUACGUAAGAAAUAAAACUACAUAUUGGUACUGAAGCUAUAAAAUAAUAUUUUAUAUUGUCCUAAAUUAUAAUAUUUUUUUGUUUCCAUAUUACAUUUUUUGUGCAGGUUAACUUAUAAAAAAGUUUUAUUUUUCACACAAAAGUUUUCCUGUUGUCCAUGUGAAAAAGUGAAUCCUUAUGUGACAAUUUAAAAUACAGACUGGGCAAAGGGAAAAUAUUUUGUCAGUAGCUGAUUUUUUAUGACAAAAUGCAAUAAAAAGUCCAAAAUCUUACUUUUGGUUAAAUUUAUCAUCUUCUAUAAGAAUCUUCAUGAG